GCAUCAUAAAUUCACAAUCCAAAGCCCUAAAACCAUACUUUAAUGGAAGAACACUACUAUUAAACUACACUUGGUAGCUUUUCUUACAACCACUAUCUUACUAGUAAAACCUUAAGCACCUCAAAAAACCAAAAGUGGGUAACCCAAUUACAGGAACCAUAAAUUCUGGGUUUGUGGUUCAACCCUCAACCCGCCAGAGCUUGGAAAUGGAGCGGGCAAUGUUUCGGACCUUCUCAUCUUCUACCUCUAGAAUAUCUUCUCGGUUUACCCGAGCUGGUCGUAAUCGCCGAUUCUCCAUUUUCAAUCGCCAGAAUGUUGCUACCAUAAACCCUAAUUUUCUAAAAUCAGUUAAUUUUCUACACCAUUAUUCUAUUUUACGACCUAUUUCAACCUUAUCUUCUAUUCUAUCUCCUCCUCCUUCUUCGUAUUUUAAUGGCCGCCGCUCUUUGUCCUCUUUCUCCCCUCAAGCUAUUGCUACUUCACAUGACUCCACCUCCUCAGAAGCUGGGAAACAUGACGAUGGUGUUGCAGAGAAGCUUGGAUUUGAGAAAGUUUCAGAGCAAUUUAUUGAGGAGUGUAAAUCUAAAGCUGUUCUUUAUAAGCAUAAGAAAACUGGAGCUGAAGUUAUGUCUGUUUCUAAUGAUGAUGAGAAUAAGGUGUUUGGUAUUGUUUUUCGCACCCCACCAGAUAACUCAACCGGGAUUCCACACAUAUUAGAACAUAGUGUGUUGUGUGGCUCAAGAAAGUACCCUCUGAAAGAACCAUUUGUUGAGCUUUUGAAGGGAAGUUUGCAUACAUUCUUGAAUGCAUUCACAUAUCCUGAUAGGACUUGCUAUCCUGUUGCAUCUACAAAUACCAAGGAUUUCUACAAUUUGGUCGAUGUUUACUUGGAUGCUGUAUUCUUUCCCAAAUGUGUGGAGGACCAAUGGACUUUUCAGCAAGAAGGCUGGCAUUAUGAACUUGAAGAUCCAUCAGAACCAAUUUCUUACAAAGGUGUUGUCUUCAAUGAAAUGAAGGGUGUCUAUUCACAGCCAGAUAAUGUUUUAGGACGCACUGCUCAACAGGCACUCUUUCCCGACAACACCUAUGGUGUAGAUAGCGGUGGAGACCCAAAAGUCAUUCCAAAGCUCACCUUUGAGGAAUUCAAGGAUUUUCACCGAAAAUAUUACCACCCUAGCAAUGCAAGAAUCUGGUUUUAUGGAGACGAUGAUCCAAAUGAGCGUCUUCGCCUCUUAAGUGAGUAUCUAGACAAUUUUGAAGCGAGCUCUUCUCCAAAUGAGUCAAAGAUUCAACCACAAAAAUUAUUCUCAGAACCUGUUAGGGUUGUGGAGAAAUAUCCCGCUGGUGAUGACGGUGAUUUAAAGAAAAAACACAUGGUUUGUCUGAAUUGGUUGCUGUCCGACAAGCCAUUGGAUUUGGAGACUGAGCUUACAAUUGCAUUUUUGGAUCACCUUUUGUUGGGAACCCCUGCCUCUCCUUUAAGGAAAAUUUUGCUGGAGAGUGGCUUGGGAGAAGCCAUAAUUGGUGGUGGUAUUGACGAUGACCUUUUGCAGCCUCAGUUCAGUAUUGGAUUGAAAGGUGUUCUAGAGGAUGACAUUCAAAAUGUCGAAGAACUUGUGGUAACAACUCUUGAAAAAUUGAUGGAAGAAGGUUUUGAUUUAGAUGCUAUAGAGGCAUCCAUGAAUACUAUAGAGUUCUCUCUAAGGGAAAACAAUACUGGCUCGUUCCCACGUGGCCUGUCCUUAAUGCUUCGAGCGAUGGGAAAAUGGAUUUAUGAUAUGGAUCCCUUUCAGCCUUUGAGGUGGGAAAAACCACUAAUGAAGCUUAAGGAAAGAAUAGCAAAGGAAGGAUCUAAAGCGGUGUUCUCUCCUUUAAUGGAAAAGUAUAUCCUAAACAACCCUCAUCGUGUAACAGUUGAAAUGCAGCCUGAUCCGGAGAAGGCUGCUCGUGAUGAGGCUGCUGAACAAGAAUCUUUGGAGAAGCUCAAGGCAAGCAUGACAAAGGAAGAUUUGGCAGAGUUGGUUCGUGCGACCCAUGAAUUGCGCUCAAAGCAGGAAACUCCAGAUCCACCUGAAGCUUUGCGGAGUGUUCCAAGUCUCUCUUUGCAUGACAUCCCGAAAAAGCCAAUUUACAUACCCACUGAGAUUGGGGAUAUCAAUGGUGUGACUGUUCUGCGGCAUGACUUAUUCACAAAUGAUGUAAUUUAUUUAGAAGUUGUAUUUGACAUGAGUUUCUUGAAACAAGAGCUACUUUCAUUAGUACCUCUAUUUUGCCAAUCAUUGUUAGAGAUGGGUACUAAAGAUAUGGAUUUUGUGCAACUAAAUCAAUUAAUUGGAAGGAAAACCGGAGGAAUAUCUGUUUACCCUUUUACAUCAUCUGUAAGGGAUAGUAAGGAUCCGUGUGCUCGGCUGAUUGUCCGAGGCAAAGCGAUGGCUGAACGUUCUGAAGACCUUUUCAAUCUGAUGAAUUGUGUCCUUCAAGAAGUUCAAUUCACUGAUCAACAACGCUUUAAGCAAUUUGUUUCUCAGAGUAAAGCAAGAAUGGAGAACCGAUUGAGGGGCAGUGGUCAUGGAAUUGCUGCUGCAAGGAUGGAUGCUAAGUUGAAUGCUGCUGGCUGGAUGUCUGAGCAAAUGGGUGGUAUCAGUUACCUUGAGUUCCUGAGAGCUCUUGAGGAGAAAGUUGACCAGGAUUGGGAAGGAAUAUCUUCUUCUCUGGAGGAAAUUCGAAAAUCCUUGCUUUCAAGAAAACAUUGCCUGGUUAAUUUGACUGCUGACGGGAAAAAUAUUUUGAACUCAGAAAAGCAUGUUAGUAAAUUUCUUGACCAACUUCCCAACUUUUCUUCUGAAUCAAAGACAUGGAAUACUCAACUCUCUUCUCAAAAUGAAGCAAUUGUCAUACCAACUCAAGUUAACUAUGUUGGAAAAGCAGCUAAUGUAUUCGAGGGUGGGUAUAAGCUUAAUGGAAGUGCUUACGUCAUUUCAAAGUAUAUUAGUAAUACAUGGUUGUGGGAUCGUGUACGUGUAAGUGGUGGUGCUUAUGGUGGCUUUUGCGACUUUGAUACUCAUUCAGGGGUUUUUACCUUUUUAUCCUAUCGAGAUCCAAAUUUGUUGAAGACACUUGAUGUUUAUAAUGGAACGGGGGAUUUCCUUCGUGGGCUGGAAAUGGAUAAUGAUGCUCUCACCAAAGCAAUCAUUGGUACCAUUGGUGAUGUUGACUCAUAUCAACUGCCUGACGCUAAAGGUUAUAGUAGUUUGUUACGGUACUUGUUGGGAGUCACAGACGAAGAACGAGCAAUAAGACGUGAAGAGAUAUUAUCAACAAGUGUGAAGGACUUCAAGGAAUUUGCUGAUGCGGCUGAUGUAGUCAAAGAUAAAGGAAUAGUAGUUGCUGUGGCAUCUCCAGAAGACGUCGAAGCUGUAAAGAAAAUGGAUCCUGACUUCUUGCAAGUGAAGAAAGUGCUGUAGGCUGUCUGCUUUUUUUUUUUUUGAAGAAAUAGAUCAGAAACACUGGACACGCUCGCAAUAAACAGUUCUUGUGCCUGAUUUUUGCGUGGUAUGAGAUCAUUUUGACAAUGGCCAAGUACAAGUUCCCAUCAUGGUGUCUCAUAGUCGAUUAUACAAAUGAGCAUUAGUUUGUACUAAGGCAAUAUGUAGGCUCGUGAGAACAUUCGUUAUACUGAUUUGUCCGUCUCACUCAUUGUACAGUUACCCAGUACACAUUGCGUUGCUGUUACACAUACAGAACAAAGGAUUAAUAAUCGUAAAUUUCUUGACAUGA